CCAGUUGUUUCACUGAAUACGACGUCAAUAAGCUAAAUGCACUACAUCUCACUACGUAGAAAGAUACAGUGCGACCACUACGUUUUGAUCGGGUUUUAAUUUUUAUGUAAACAUGUGGUGCUGGAGAUUCUCCGCAAUUAAUAUUGUUCUUCUUUCUUUCUAUACUCCCAUCCUCUCCUUCAUAUACACCAAUGCCAACCUGUGUAAGUGGUGUGACAUUUCCAUUCCUAUCUGUGAGGAUGGUGUGUGUCUCACCAACUGUUCCAUGUCCUCCUUCUGUGCUCUGAGUGAAGAGAUCUGUGUUGCCAUAUGGCGGAAGGACAACGAGAGUAUGAGCGUGAAGACGUUAUGCCACCAGCCCCAGCAGCCCCUGGAGAACAUUGUGUUGUCCAACUACUCCUCUAAAGAGUGUGUGAUGACUCCUCAGCCCUCUGAGGACGGGGUUCUGUUUGUCUGUGGCUGCCUGGGGGAACACGAUUGCAACGAUAAGCUCAUAUUCGACAAGGGCUCCAAUGGUUUUUCCAAGCUCAAGAGUAAAGAUGUGAUCCCAGUGGUAGUGAUCAGCCUGGUCCCUCCCUUCCUAGUGGCUAUCAUCGCCACCAUGGCCUUCUAUCUGUACCGCACCAGACAGCCUGGCAAGCAGCCCAAAGACUGGGCUCCCAAACGCACACACUACCAGGCCUUGGACAUACCUGAGGGUCUCAGUGGGGAUGCCAUCACCGGCAGUGAGGACUGCCAUGGCAAGCUUUCUGCCAUCAAUGGAGAUGCCACCUCUGACAUGUCUCCCAUCCGGGCCCUUGAAUUAAACCACAAUGCAGAACAGCUGCCUAUCCAGCUGGAGGCCUUGGUAGGAAAGGGUCGCUUUGCUGAGGUGUGGCGAGCCAGGCUCCAUCACCAGUCUGCUGGUUCUCUUUACGAAACAGUGGCAGUGAAGAUCUUCCCAUCUGUGGAGUAUGUGUCUUGGCGCAAUGAGAGUGCCAUUUUAUCUGACGCCGACCUUGAGCAUGACAACAUAGUUCAGUUUCUGACAGCAGAGGAACGAGGGCCCUCUGGCUCCCCUCAGAGGCAGUACUGGCUGAUCAUGGCCUAUCACGGCCUCGGGAACCUGCAGGACUUUCUGGCAGGCCAUGUACUGAGCUGGGCUGAACUUUGUUCAAUGGCUGGUUCAGUGGCUAGAGGAUUGGCCCACCUGCACAGUGACACCACGCCCUGUGGGAUCCCAAAGGUGCCUGUUGCCCAUCGCGAUUUGAAGAGCAGCAACAUCAUGGUGAAGAGCAGGCGAGAGUGUGCACUCUGUGACUUCGGUCUUGCACUGAGGCUGGACCUCUCCCUCACCGUGGAUGACUUUGCCAACAGUGGGCAGGUGGGCACAGCUCGCUACAUGGCUCCUGAGGUUUUGGAGUCCAGGGUAAAUCUAGAGGAUCUGGAGGCUUUUAAACAAAUGGAUGUCUACUCAAUGGCCCUGGUCCUUUGGGAAAUGGUCUCUCGUUGUGAAGUCAUAGGAGAGGUUAAGAGUUACGAGCCGCCGUUUGGCUCUAAGGUGUGUGACCAACCAUGUGUGGACAGCAUGAGGGACCUGGUCCUGAGAGACAGAGGCAGACCUGAGAUUCCCACUAGCUGGACAACACAUCAGGGAAUGAAUCUGCUGUGUGCCACCAUCACCGAGUGUUGGGACCACGACCCGGAGGCCAGACUCACAGCCCACUGUGUGGUGGAGCGAUUUGGAAGUCUAGAAGAGGAGAUGGAGCAGGCGGAAUUAGACACCCUCAUUUCUAGCCAGAACCACCAGCAGGGUCCCCUGUCUGACACUUCCCCUGACAAUGUGGAUCCUCUGGCCCAAGAAACGGACGUAGAGAGGACUGCCAUCCCUGGCCAGAGUGACCUAGUAUGAGAACUCAAUCACCAAAGAGACAAACUUCUGUAUGAUAGAUUGAAAGCACUCUGCCCUAUGAACAGGAAGAGAGACAAUUUAAAAAAAAGACUUUUUCAUUUGAAGGAGCUGGUCUCCUGAUUGAUUUGUGUAAUAUAGAAUUUAUGAAGUGUUUUAUCAAUGCAGUUAUAAACCUGUGCCACCAGAUAUUUUUUAUGCACCUCAGAAAGUAUUGUUUACAGAAUUUAAGAAACAAAGACAAACAUCCAACCACUAACCAUUAUCUCAACUUCCCCUGUGAUUUACAUGGUUCACUAUGUAGGACCAGAGACCUCUGCUGAUGUGUUAUAAUGAACUUUUCCACUGCAAUCUCACAGGGUGAAACAUCCAGCACUAGGGCUGAGAGGUUUGCAUUUUUCUACAAGUACCUUCAGAUUUUUUAACAAAAAGCUGCGUUGUCUCGAAUUUUUAAUUUAUUUAUUAUCUAGGCUACCAAUAAGAAUACACAGGCCAAAAUACGUUUUUAAUUAUACUAUUGCCUACAACAAUGACUUGUUUUCCCUAUAAUGUGAAGUGCUUGUUGCCUUCAUCUGUAUACAGAGACAAGUCAUUUAUUUGCUUCUUUCAAAUCUGAAUGAGAAUUAAAGAUGCAUUCCGGGAUUGAUAGCCACAGGUUGUAAAAAAUAAUAGAUCCUGAACAAUUGUGUACUUUGUCAUUUGUGCUGAUAUGUGCCCCAUGUCAUCAAAACCACUGAUUUCAAACUUGGAAUUUGACUGAGAUAUGAUAAUGAUUCUACUUAUAUACAUAUAAACAGUAUUGUACAGCCAUCCUAAAAAAAGGUCCAAGCCUGCAUCUUUAAGAGGGGAUUAUCGGUCUUAUAUACAUCAGAAACCUCAAAGGAAGAGCUACUGCUCUCCAUGACAGUGUGGUCUGAGACUGAUCUCCACCAAUUAAAUUAUUCAUUGACAUUUCGGCGUCAUUCUAAAUGAUUUGAUCAUAUUAACCAUGCAGACUAAAGGAGUUGGUGUAGAUUUGAUUAAGCCACUAAUUAAGGUAUUAAGAUCAAAAGAAUUUCCUCUGAGAACCAAUGAUGGAAAAGCUGUUCUAUCUUAAAGACUUUUCAGCUUUGCUUUUUAGUUUCAAAAUGUUUUUCUUUGUUGUGCCAUAAUGAACAUGAACCCAAAUUAACAGAGAAAAUGAACAAAUGUGUCUAUAAUAUUAAGCUCCAAAGUUCAAUAAAGAAGAAAAU